AUGACAUCCGCCUCGCUGGAGCAGCAGAUCCAGGCCACGGAGCAGGAGCUCGCGGGCUUCGCGACCGGCAGCGUGACGAGCAUCUCGCCGACGCUGGAGAAGGUGCUGCUCGAGAUGCGCCAGACCGGCGUGCCCUGCUACGCCUGGGCGCACCUCAAGGUGCUGCUGCUGGCCAAGCUGCAGCUGGCGCUGGACGAGAUGGACGCCAAGGACGCCGCCAGCAAGAGCCGCCGCGCCAGCGUCACGCAGCUGCUGCAGACCUUCGAGAGCCCGCCCUUCACCCUGCAGCGGCUCACGGAGAUCAUCCUCGAGCCGCACAAGAGCUACCGCAGCCUGCCCAAGCUGCUCAACGCGCUCGAGAAGCUGCUGGCCGUGAGCUCCACCAUCCAAGUGGUGGACCCGCGCACGGCCCAGGCCAUCGUUCAGCAGUUCCAGAGCCCCGCGCCGCUCGAGGUCGACAGUCCCAUCGCGCAUCCCGUGGCAGCGGCUGGAGCUGAGGGCGACGUGGCCACCCGAGCGCCAUGGAGCGCCGAAGCGGAAGCCGCCGCCUAACAUUUUGCGGCGGCAGAACACACAUAACGACCACAAAGUGCCAACUACUACGUAGUACCGUACUCUCUUUUUAUCUAAACACGGACUCG